UGGAAAACGUGGAAUGGCCCUCGGGGGCAGUGAGGGGCCGGGGACCUGCCUCAUCCGUGCCCCCCAGCCUGCAGGCUGUAGCGCCGCGCCGGGUCCGCGUGCAGCCACCUCCAGUCCCUCGGCUGGGGCCCCGGCGUGAGCCCCGCGCCCCGCGCCCACAUGGGGCUGUGCCACAGCCUCCGGCCGCUGCUCUUCGGGGACCCGGAGCCGCCCUUGGAGGGGGCGCGGUCCGGCCCAGACCAUACCCCGGACCAGAACCUGACCCCGGUCCCGACCCCGGUCCGGACCCCGGCGGGGGCAGGCGCGGCACGGACCCCCGCGCAGAAAGAGAGGCGGCGGCGCGCGGACCAGCAGCGCGCGGAGGAACGCGAGGCCAGGCGGGUCAGCAGGAGCAUCGACCGCCGGCUCCGCGAGCAGAAGCGCGACCUGCGGCGGACUCACCGGCUGCUGCUGCUCGGGGCUGGUGAGUCUGGGAAAAGCACUAUCGUCAAACAAAUGAGGAUCCUGCACGUCAAUGGAUUUAAUCCCGAGGAGAAGAAACAGAAAAUUCUGGACAUCCGGAAAAACGUUAAGGAUGCUAUUGUGACGAUUGUUUCGGCGAUGAGUACUAUAAUUCCCCCAGUUCCACUGGCCAACCCAGAAAACCAGUUUCGAUCAGACUAUAUCAAGAGCAUAGCCCCCAUCACUGACUUUGAAUAUUCCCAGGAAUUCUUUGAUCACGUGAAGAAGCUCUGGGAUGACGAAGGUGUGAAGGCCUGCUUCGAGAGGUCCAACGAGUACCAGCUCAUCGACUGCGCCCAAUACUUCCUGGAGAGAAUUGACAGCGUCAGCCUGGUGGACUACACGCCCACAGACCAGGACCUCCUCAGGUGCAGAGUUCUGACGUCAGGGAUUUUCGAGACACGAUUCCAAGUGGACAAGGUCAACUUCCACAUGUUUGACGUCGGAGGCCAGAGGGACGAGAGAAGAAAAUGGAUCCAGUGCUUCAACGAUGUCACCGCCAUCAUCUACGUGGCCGCCUGCAGCAGCUACAACAUGGUGAUCCGGGAAGAUAACAAUACCAACCGCCUGCGGGAGUCCCUGGACCUUUUCGAGAGCAUCUGGAACAACAGGUGGUUACGGACCAUUUCCAUCAUCUUGUUCUUGAACAAACAGGAUAUGCUGGCAGAAAAAGUGUUGGCAGGGAAAUCAAAGAUUGAAGACUAUUUCCCAGAGUACGCAAAUUAUACUGUUCCUGAAGACGCGACACCAGAUGCGGGAGAAGAUCCCAAAGUCACAAGAGCUAAGUUCUUCAUCCGGGAUCUGUUCUUGCGCAUCAGCACGGCCACGGGCGACGGCAAGCACUACUGCUACCCGCACUUCACGUGUGCCGUGGACACAGAGAACAUCCGCCGCGUCUUCAACGACUGCAGGGACAUCAUCCAGCGGAUGCACCUCAAGCAGUACGAGCUCCUGUGAGCCCCCCAGCCCCGCCCCGCGCCCCAGGGCCACCGGCACAGAGCAGCGAGUCCCCGUCCAUUGUGCGGGCUCGCGUGACCUCCGGGCCCCCGGCCACCUCUGCCCCCACCACCCCGCCCCGGUCUGUGUGGGGGUGAGGGGGCCCCGACUCAUGGAGAACUUGGCGGAUGGGGAGACGCACUGGCCCAAGCGUGAUGGGGCGUCGCCCUUCUGACCCCAUGGGCCCACGACUCAGAGGAGCCCCAAGCCGCAGUGGGGACAGAACCCCCUUCAGUCCUGUCUCUCCAGGGGCGGCUGGCCUCAGCCUCUGUGUCAGAGCCCCUCUGACCAUCCACACAUCAGCAGAAACCCCCCCCUCGCUCUGGCCACAGGUGUCCCAUCCACGAUGGUCCCCAGACUCACGCUGCUCAGGCAACGGCCUCCUUUCAUAGGUUCUUUUUGUUGUUUUACUGCUGGUUUAUUACACUGUACAGACCACGAAAUGUAAUAUUAUUUUGUAUAACUACUCAAGGAGAAUCCCUGUAGAUCUCCGUGCCUUGACUAUGGCUGUCCCUGUAAAAGAAACGUGUUUCUGUUGUGCUGAACAGCUGUCAUCAUACUGCCGCUUGCUCUGAGAAAGGGAGUGAAUGGUGUAUAGAGUUUAGGGUAUUUUAUCAGGUUGGUACUUUUUAACAAUACUCCUUGAUAAAUAUAUAUAUAUAUAUAUAAAUUUAUAUAAAUAUAAAUGAUACACGUUUAUCAUCCACAUUUCACAAAAUGCCACACCCACAUCACAAGCUUCUUUCGGGGAACCAAGGAUGUUUUUUUCUCUCCAGAAAACAUGUUUCUCAAUUAUCUGGCAAUUUAAAGACUUUUCCAAGGUCACCCAUUCCCUUAGUCAAAGUUUUUGAACCACUUAACUUGACCACAGGUCUCAUCGUAAACGAAGAGUGAGAAAAAGACAAGGGUUCCAGGCUUGUGUCUGGCCUUGGAGAAUCAAAGGAUAGAAUGUGAUUUGCCUUUUGAAGAAGGAACAUUACAAAGCCUUUAUUUGAAAUACAAAGUCAAAAUACAUGGCUGUUUCUCAACCUUGAAAGACUUGCAAAUGCAGCCUCAUGAGUUACAUCCAGCUCAAGACCUCGAAAGCCAUUCUCGUCUAUCCACGGCCUUGAGGGCGGUUUUCAAAGACAAUCUUUUAAAUUGUCCAAGCUUAUAUUUCAGCGACACAAAUGCAGAGAUGGGGCAGCCUAGCCUGCGUUACUGCAUUAACUUCCAUUUCGUCUUUUAGUCUUUAAUAUUUUUAAGUUUACUCUAUAAAGCAGCAUCUUAUAAUCCUUUGUAAACUCAUCCACAUUUAAAUACUGCUCUUCCAUGAAAUAAAGGAUGACAACUUUACAGACAAUGCACCAUCACUUUUUUUUAUUUCAUUAUCAUCAAAUUCCUGUUCCUGUCAUCCUUGAUUAUUUCAUAAAACUGUCAGUUGAACUGAGACCUAUAAAGUGGAAAUGAUUUUCAGUUUCCAUUGCAUUUUCAAAGUAAAACAUGAAAACCUGAAGAGCUACAGCCCCACACAUACACCCCAAAAAAUGAAAUUGUAUAUUUUUACAUGCAUUAUUAUUCAACAAUUCCACUGUAACUAAACUUCCUAUUUAAAAGUCUGAUUGAAGAGCCAGACUCUUAGGGAAAAAAACACAAAAAGAAUACAUUUUAUCCGGUUUAAAAUUACCACGGCAUAUUUAUUUUUAAAUACAAAAAGCCUCUUCCUGGUCCAUUUUUCAAGUUUCUUUUGAUCACUGACAGGCAUUCAAUUCAAAUUUAACAACUUGGUCUGCUGGAGAGAAAAUUACACUCAUCUAAAAAUCUGAUUCCAGGGACUUCCCUGGCGGUACAGUGGUCAAGACUGUGCUUCCACUGCAGGGGGCACAGGUUUGAUCCCUGGUCAGGGAACUAAGAUCCUGCAUGCCGCGUGGUGCAGCCAAAAAAAAUUAAUUAAUUAAUAAAAAUCUGACUCCAUUAAUUUAGCACAGAAAUACAAAAGCCUUGAGAACAAUGUAUUCCUGCUUGUAGCAUCUGUAUUUUAUUUUAAGUAUACAGCUUUAUAAAAUAUAAGAACUUGAGAACUACUCAUAGGAGGACAGAAGCAAACCAAGCAUUUGUGAACAGCUAACCCUCCGUCUUGGGGAAGGAAGGCUGUCUAGUGCAUGCAAGUGAUGACAUUCGUAGCUUUUACACACUGUACAGACACAAUCUUUGAUUACACAUAUAUUUGAUAAAACGAGAAGACAGACCAGCUGUAGAGACAAGUCCCAUUUUCACAGCACGAGAACAGCACAAUCAACUAUUGAUUCUGCAGGACUCUGCACCAGCAACCCAGAUCCUACGAGCUGUGCCCAUGGCCCACUUUGGUCUCGCCCUCCGUAAGCACUGCCCGAAGUUCAGUUUCGUUGGCUUCGGGACUUACUACUAAGUGCAGAACGUCUCCUGCUACUCACGUGGUCUUAAAUUUUCUGAGCAUGUUCCAACCGAAAUGAAAAGGUGAGGCUACAAGCCCAGCGUGGACUAACGUGAGGAGCACAAGGCCCCCGGCCGCCGUGCAGUACGUGGUCAGAACCGUGUCCUCGUAGGGCAGGUAGCACUUGGCAAGGGCGUACUCUGUGGCCGUGACGCUGCCCUGGAGAGUAAGCGAGACCGUUAGCUGCCGUGACAGCGCCAACCCACAGACCCAACCGAGGAAAGGCAGCCGCUGGGCGUGAGGCACCUGAGACCGAGGGCACAGCCUUUAGCCACCCCCCGCCCCCAAGCACUGGGUCCCAGUGUGCCGAGUGCACACGACCUGGAGCUGACCUCCACUGAAUCUAGCCCCUGGCACGGGGGUUCCUCUAAAACCCGGGGGGGCACAUGGCAGAGGGGUUCAGAGAGGCCUGGAGACUUAGCAUCAGUGGUCAUCCAGGAACAAGCAGGACACGGCUGUUGUUCACGCCACUUGAUGCUGAAAUAAGCAACUGUUACCAGAAAUACGUGUGCUGGGGGCAUCUCAGUGGGCUUUUGUUUUCUUUUUUUUUUUUUGGUAGAUGUUUUUGCUAUGUGGAAUGACAGUGGGGAACGUUCAUUUACUUUGAAUUUGAAAACAGGAGGUUUUCCCCAUCUUGUUAUGAAGUAAAAGCCCCUGACAUGAAAGCACUGUGACCUGGAUGCUGGACUCAUGGGUCAAAGAGAGGAGCUGAAGCUUCAGGUCAUCACUAAUUAACAUCUUUAAUAAACGUGCAAGAGCUGUAGCACUUUUCUGUCAGAACAAAUGGGCGUGUUUGGAAAAUAACACAAGAUGACCCUGCUUCCUUAGAAAACGGAAUAGGCAGAGCUGGUACCCAAGGGCACUGCAGGGACGCAGGAUGAGACGCCUCGAGGUGUCCCUGCGCAGCCGCAACUGUCCCCUGAGGUGUUCCUGCUGGUACGCCUGGGGGGUGGUGUUUACAGCUUCUGUGUAUUUUCACAGAUUGCAGCAAUUCAGUAGUUGAUCACUGUGUUGAUUUAAAUACGUAUGAAAGCUUUGAGACGAAAAUAAAGGUUCACGUACCAUGAUGAAA